UCCCCACUCUUCCUCGAGUCUCCAUCAGUCGUCGUUGGUUCCCGCCGCCGCUGAUUACAGAUAUGCAGGCACUAGAUAGAGUGCGGCCUGGACCCGAUGUGGAUACCCAGUUGGCCCAGCAGCCGAAUCAUCGGUCAAGUCCACUUUGGAGGUGCGCCGCUGACGAGGAGGCGCCUGGCAUGAUAAAGGUUCGACGCCGUAAAUGUGUAUUGCCACAGGGUGGGUUAGAUCCACGUAUCAUGCAACACAUAGAUGCAGCAGGGUUGACUGGUUUAUUCAAGGUUCCUGAUAUGGAGGUCGACCACGCCUUGAUCACGGCGUUGGUUGAGCGGUGGCGUCCGAAGACGCACACGUUCCACUUACCCCAUGGAGAAAUGGGUAUCACCUUGCAAGAUAUGGAGGUGAUGCUGGGGCUUCCGGUGGAUGGGUUGCCUGUCACUGGGAAGACAGACUACAAAUGGAGUGAGCUGUGCGAACAGUUGUUGGGCCAUAAACCUCCACCCCCGAUACCAAACUCAAACAAGUCUACCCUUGCUGGGGCGAGGAUAAGAUACACCUGGCUUGAUGCACAGUUUGCCGCUCCCUUAGUUGUGGACGCUGCUGACGAAGUCGUGCAGCAAUAUGCCCGCUACCACCUACUUGUACGGAUGGGGGCCCUCUUGUUCAUGGACAGGUCUGCGGACCGGGUCUCAGUGCUGCCUCUGCAGUUGCUCAACCCAGUCAGCAAUGCGAGACGGUAUAGCUGGGGUAGUGCAGCAUUGGCCUGGCUGUAUAGGCAACUUUGUGGUGCAUCGAAGAAGGAUGCGAUGCAGAUUGGAGGAGCACUCUUGUUGGUGCAGCUAUGGGCCUAUUCAAGGUUCCCACAAUUAUGCCCUGUUGUGAGGCCGCCUCUACCGCCAGUGCACUCAGGGCCCCUUGCCAUUAGGUACGUUCAUUGA